GUUGAAGCAUGCUGCCUGGUUGUGGAGCUGCAAAUUUCCUGUUGAUUGUUCAUCUCGAUGCAUUAUAUGAGAAAUCCCCAAGGAGAUGGACCCGGCGGUGACCACCACGGUUCUCCUGGUGCCAUGUGUGGUUGUAAUCACAGCUGGGCUUUUCUACCUCUACGGCAUGGUUGUCGGUCUCUUGUCCAAAACCUCAGUUCGCAACAAGGUGGUGGUAAUAACUGAUGCCUUAUCUGGACUUGGAAAAGAAUGUGCAAGUGUGUUUCACAAAGGAGGAGCGAGGCUGAUCCUGUGUGGGAAAAGUUGGGAGAAACUUGAGGGACUCGCUGAUGAUUUGGCAAGCGCCUCAGACCCCACUAAAACAUUUCCCCCUAAACUGGUGCUCCUGGAUUUUGGUGAUAUGGACAGCAUGCCCGAGGUGAUUGCAGAGAUCUUGGAGUGCUAUGGCUGCCUGGAUAUUCUCAUCCUCAACAGCAGUCUGAAGGUCAAGGCACCUGCUCAAAGUGUGUCCCUGGAGAUGGACAAGUUACUAAUGGACAACAACUACUUUGGACCUGCCACACUGGCCAAAGGUGUGCUGCCCUCCAUGAUCUCUAGGAGGACCGGACACCUGCUCCUGGUCAACAGCAUCCAAGGAAAACUGACUGUGCCCUUCCGUACGACAUAUGCGGCCUCUAAACACGCCGUGCAGGCCUUCUUCGACUGCCUGAGAGCUGAGGUGGAGGAGUACGGCAUCUCCGUCAGCACCAUCAGCCACACCUUCAUCAGCAGCUCGGCGUCGGGAAAGGCAGCCUCCUCUAAGUCCAUCUGGUCACUUUUGUACAGUCAGAAACCUCUUGGCGUGUCCCCAGACGAGGCGGUCGCUGAGAUCGUCAAGACUCUGAGCAAUAAGAGGAAAGAGGUGGUGAUCGCUCCCUCGCUCCCCAAGGUGGCCAUCUACGCCAGAUCCUUCUUCCCCAAUGUCUUCUUUGCCGUGAUGGCCGCCGGAGUGAAGAACGCCGCUGCUUUUGAGAAGAUGUAGUGUUGCCAUAAAUAGGCCUGCGCUGUAAUAACUCUUCAAGUGAGGUUUAUGGGCUCUGUUGGAAGUGAAAUAAAUGUGUGGAAAUUGGAAGAAAAUGGCAAAAACAGAAAGG